AUGUGGACGCCCCGCCCCGCCCUAUGCGGGGGCGGGGCGGGGCAGCGGGUUCCGGGGCCCCGUUGCCCACCCCUAGUUCCUCCUACUAUGCUUCAAGCUUAUAUUCCAGAUAUUACUUCUAACCAGGCAGUGGACCAGUUGCUACAGUCUCGUGAGCAGAUUCUGAUCACACUCAAGUCUAACCUCACUUUGGCUCAAGAAAGGAUGAAAUUUUAUUAUGAUAAGCAUCAUACUGAUAGGCAAUUUUCAGUUGGGGAUUGGGUUUAUCUUCGACUCCAGCCUUAUAGGCAACAAUCAGUGGCUGGAAGGAGGAAUAUGAAGCUUUCACCUCGUUAUUUUGGUCCUUUUCAGGUCUCUCACAGAAUUGGUAAGGUGGCUUACAGAUUGUGUCUUCCCUCAGAUUCUCUUCUACAUCCAGUUUAUCAUGUUUCUUCUUUAAAGAAGAAGUUGGGGGAACAUGUUACUCCUAUUGCUACCUUACCUCCUGUUGACUAA